AUGUGCAGUUUCGUUAAGGGCCGUCUCCUCAGAGGUCGUGGAAGACAUUUUGAUCGAAAGAAAACUUGCGAUGAAACAAAAUGGUUACUUAUAUCUGGCAGUAACUCUGAAGUAUUGGUAGAAAAAUCGCACACCUCGAGUAGCUUAAGAAGAACAAGCUCGACAGGGAAUACCACAUUUCAAGGGAUCUACAGAAGUGGCGAAAAGGAUUUGUGCAAACUAACUGAUUCUUGUAACCAGUGUACCUAUGCUAAAAUCAUAAGUCAAAUGAGUGAGUCAGUAAGACCUUGUCUUCCAAGCCCAACGCUUAUGAGACGCCGUCGAAACGCCAUAUGCGACGAAAUUGAAAAGAAAAUAAUUGCUUUGCCUGGAAGAACUUUGAGACAAGGAAGGGUUGACAUGCUUCGAGGAAUAGCUCUUAUGCAAUUUUCGUUGUUAUAA